AUGGCAUCCUCCUCACGCGGGCCCCCGCGCCUGAGCACAGCACCCAGCAGCAUCAAGCCGCGUCAACUCUCCCACCUCCACGCGCAACUGGCGCAGCUGAGCGCCAACCUGGCGGAUCUCGAGAAUCUGGUGCGCAUGACGAGUGUGCAGGCUGAGUGUGUACGGGGGCUGGGGGGGUGGCAUGGGGGGUUAUUUAUGGCUGCCUCGAAGGUGUUGGGGGAGGAGACUGUGGCGGGGGGUGGACAGGAGGGGUCGCAGGCGGGGGAUACGUGAGCGGGAGGGGAUGGAAGGGAUAUUUCAUACUCGAGUAAAGGGAGGGCCCGGGAGACUGGUUGACAAUGAAUAGAGGGAUGGCUGUGCGACGCCGACGUGAUGGGAGGUGUGUGAGCCACGGUGUAUUUGAUAUCACAAAGUGGCGGUCAGGGAUAGCUGAGCCCAGGGCGUGGGAUGAAUCAUUACACAAGGGGCGGAUGUUGGGGGUGCGGGAG